UGGUAUUAAAUUAUGAACAAUUUUUAAGAAUAAUGGCAAGGGAAGUGGUAUGAAGUGUAAGUCUUGGCUUGUAAGUAACAGAAACUGGAACAGCCUGCCUGGUGCCUGCAUCUUAUAUUAUUGUAGUGAACUUAAGAAGAUUGGCUUCUUUGGUUUAUCUUGAACAUCCAUCCUCAACUGGGUCUCCACGCUCCCACCACUCAAAAGAAAAAAAAAAAUUGUAAACUUAUGUUGAUCUUAGAGACUCAACCUCUUGAAACAAGAUGGAAACCCCAGAAGAGAACAAUGCUUUGGUCACUAUGGAUGUGUUGACUACUCCUGAAACACAGCCUAACAAGAGAAGGAAAAAGAAGUCCAUAGUCUGGGAAUACUUCACUAUAGAAACUGUAAGUCCUGGAUGUAGAAGGGCAUGUUGUAAGAGAUGCAAACAAAGUUUUGCAUAUAGCACAGGUUCUAAGGUAGCAGGUACCAGCCACCUCAAACGCCAUAUUGCUAAGGGAACUUGUCCAGCAAUCAUACGCGACCAGGAUAAUAAUCAGUUGACCCCAUCCCAAGUCACACCAAGGAGUGGUGGAAGUGAGCUGCCAAAACGACGGUACAGAUCUCCUGCCUCACCCUAUGUUCCAUUCGAUCAGGAUCGUUGCCGCCAUGAAAUUGCAAAGAUGAUUAUCAUGCAUGACUACCCUCUUCACAUGGUUGAGCAUCCUGGCUUCAUAGCUUUUGUUCAGAAUCUUCAGCCCCGCUUUGACAAGGUGAGCUUCAACACUGUCCAAGGGGAUUGUGUUGCAACCUACCUAAGGGAAAAGCAAAGUGUAAUGAAGCUUAUUGAAGGCAUGCCUGGACGCUUUUGCCUCACUCUGGACAUGUGGACCUCAAAUCAAACUUUGGGUUAUGUGUUUAUAACCGGGCACUUCAUUGAUGGUGACUGGAAGUUGCAUAGGCGAAUUCUCAAUGUCAUUAUGGAGCCUUAUUCUGAUUCAGCCAAUGCUUUAAGUCAUGCUGUUGCUGCUUGCCUGUCUGAUUGGAGUUUGGAGAGCAGAUUAUUUUCUGUCACCAUCAAUCACCCACUGACUGAAGCUGGGCUAGAAAAUCUUAGGCCUCUACUCUGCACUAAGAAUCCUCUUAUUCUUAAUGGUCAGCUAUUGAUUGGGAAUUGUGUAGCUCGGACCUUAAGCAGUAUGGCUAAAGAUGUGCUGGCAGCUGGGCAAGAAAUCAUCAAGAAAAUCCGGGAUAGUGUGAAGUAUGUCAAGACUUCAGAAUCCCAUGAGGAAAAGUUUCUUGAGAUUAAGCAUCAGCUUCAAGUUCCUAGUGAGAAGAGCCCAUCCCUUGACAAUCAAACUCAAUGGAACACAACAUACCACAUGCUUGUGGCUGCUUCUGAGUUGAAGGAAGUUUUUUCUUGUUUGGAUACUUCAGAUCCAGAUUACAAGGAGGCCCCAUCAAUGGAAGACUGGAAGCAGGUUGAAACUUUAUGCAAUAUCUUGAAACCUCUCUUUGAUGCUGCAAACAUCCUCACGACUUCAACUAACCCAACUGUUAUCACAUUCUUUCACGAAGUGUGGAAGAUACACUCUGACCUGGCUCGUGCAGUGAACAGUGAGGAUCCUUUCAUCAGCAACCUUUCUAAAGCAUUGCAAGAGAAGAUUGAUAAAUAUUGGAAGGACUGUAGCCUUGUUUUGGCAAUUGCAGUGGUCAUGGAUCCCCGGUUCAAGAUGAAGCUUGUUGAGUUCAGUUUCACAAAGAUUUACGGAGAAGAUGCUCCCACAUAUAUUAAAAUUGUUGAUGAUGGCAUUCAUGAGCUCUUUCUUGAAUACAUAGCACUUCCUCUUCCACUAACACCAACUUAUGCAGAUGAAGGGAAUGCUGGAAAUAAUGCAAAGAUGGAGGAAUCUCAAGGAGGAAAUCUUCCCGCAGACAAUGGACUGACUGAUUUUGAUGCAUACAUCAUGGAGACUACCAGCCAACAUUCUAAGUCAGAGUUGGAUCAGUAUUUGGAAGAGUCUUUGUUGCCUCGUGUACCAGACUUUGAUGUGUUAGGUUGGUGGAAGCAGAACAAACUCAAGUACCCAACUCUUUCGAAGAUGGCACGUGAUAUUUUGUCAAUUCCAGUAUCUGCGGCUGCUCCAGAUUCAGUCUUUGAUAUGGUGAACAAACAGCUGGAUCAGUACCGUAGUUCACUGCGACCUGAAACAGUGGAAGCCCUUGUCUGUGCCAAGGAUUGGCUUCAAUGUGGAUCGGCAGAUGUCUCAAAUGGACCUGUUAAGAUGGAGUUUUAGAUGUUAUGGAGAAUGGUAGGUGUCAUUUCUAGUUUCCUAAUUGACCGUUAGGCCUGUAUUUGUACAAUUAGAAGGAUUGAUUGGAUGUUUGGACACUGAAAACUUAAUUUCUAGAAUAGAUCUUAUUAGCUGUUGUUACAUAUUUCCAUUGCGUAUCUUAAUUGUAUUUUAAGAUUUUGUAGACCAGCUAAGGUAACAUGAAAGUAAUCAACUUGUAACAUGAAAGUAAUCAACUUCUCAAGAGGGAUUUUGCUCCAAAAAUCCAACUUAGCAGGUGGGAGAGCGUAGUUAUGGGAACUUGGUUGGUCAUUUAAUCUGCCUGUGUUGUCCUUUCUGGUUAAAAGGUCUGUAAGUCACUGGGAUUUUCCUUUUCUCUGUUGUCUGUGCGUGGUUAUAUGCAGAUAUUGCCUUUGCUUUGUGCUCUGCUGGUUACAUAAAGCCUUUAAAAGUGU